AUGGCCAAAACCAUUGCCAAACGUGCUUUCAGUUCGCAGAAAGCCCACCCGACUAAGAACCAGGACAAAUCGUACACAUUGGAGCUGCUGCUGGUACUCGACAAGACCGUUCUCGAUUACCACAAGGCUCUCGACAUCGAGAAUUACGUGCUCACGCUGCUCAAUAUGGUUGCAGGUCUUUUACACGACACUAGCUUGGGAGUACCGAUGGAAUUGAGCGUCGUUCGAAUCAUACGAAUGCAGGUCCAAGAUGACGAGAUGAAUCUGUCGUGGACGAAAGACGCGAACAGAACCCUACAGUACUUUCAAGAAUGGCAACGAAUCAUUAAUCCGGGCGACGAUUCGCAUCCUAAUCACCACGAUCUUGCUAUUCUCCUCGAAAAAACUAGUAUCUGCGUAACACCAAAUCUCUGCGGUUUCACCGGUGCUUCGACAACUGCCGGAACUUGCGAUCCUCUGAAAUCCGCCGCUGUUGUGAUGGAUGCUGGUUUGCAGACAGGAUAUCAAAUAGCUCAUCAGAUUGGGCACACGCUCGGCAUGUCUCACGACGUCGAGGAGGAAAACGGUUGCUCCGGGGUGAUUCACCACCUUAAAGGAUUCAUCGAGACGACCGUCAUGCACCCUGGAAACGCCUACGUCACAAAAAGAUGGUCCAAGUGCUCGAAGAAGUCUUUGAUAUCGUACAUCCAGAAAGGUUUGGGAUUUUGCCUAGAAGAUAAGCCGCAAGAUCAUGACUUGACUACGGCGGAACUACUCCCGGGAGUGAUGUACAGCGGAGAUGACCAAUGUCGAAUGCUUUACCGCCCGGAUGCACGGCAAUGCAAUUUAGGAAUCACUUGCAAGGCCCUGAGGUGCGCCAUUCCCGGAAAGGGUUGCGUGUCUACCAAGAAACCACCCGCGGAGGGCACGCUCUGCGGAGAGAAGCGGUGGUGUUACGGAUCAAAGUGUCUGAUGGUCGGUGAACGUCCAGGAGUCGUGGACGGUGGCUGGUCAAGCUGGUCUCCUUGGAGUCGAUGCUCCCGCAGCUGUGGUUCCGGUGUGGCUUUCUCGUUUCGACGAUGUACCAAUCCUCUGCCGUCGAACGGCGGUUCAUACUGUCGUGGUGACAGAAAACGUCAUAAAAUCUGCGCUUCGAACCCCUGUGACGUAGACGCUCCAUCGUUCCUCGACGUCCAGUGCGGCGAAUUCAACCGCUGGAUCUACCCGGAAGAUGGAAACGUUCACCGAUGGACAGCAUACAAUCUGCCAGAAAAUCUGAGGGCUUCCGAAAAUCCCUGCGCCCUUUAUUGCCUGAGCGAGACCAACAUAGUGGCUUCUCUGAGACCGAAAGUCGUCGACGGCACCACCUGCUACACGAGCAUCCGGAGCAUUUGCAUAGGAGGGGUCUGCACAGAAAUACCCUGCGAUCUGAAUAUGGAGUCAAGCGCCGUCGAAGACGUAUGCGGCGUCUGCAGAGGUAAUGGCACCUCGUGCAGUUUGAAGGAAGACACGGUAACCAUCGAAUCAGCGUCUCGACCGAAGAAAAUAGUGGAUGUCCCGACUGGAUCCACGAACAUCCGAGUGGAAGAAACCGAACCCACGAAAUCCAGGAUAAUGGUCCGAACUAGGGAUGGAAAGCCGUUAAUUGACGGGGAUCGUUUAGGAAUGUUCGACGUGGCGGGCUCAAAGGCGUGGCUAGGAACGAUAAGACCGAGCCAGGAGGCUCUCAACAUACCUGGACCCGUCAUGGCGGACCUGCUUAUAUUGAUUCUGCCGAAAGAGAACGUGACGGUGAAGUAUUCGUUGGGUCUGAAAGAAAAGAGCACUCGUAAGCCUGAAUUCUCGUGGGGAUUCGUUGACUGGGAAAAGUGUAGCGCGAACUGCGGACCCGGUGAACAGAUUUCGAAGCCUCGUUGCCUGGAAAAAGUCGCCGGCCUGGUGGAUGAGACGUUUUGCAAGAGCAUCGCGAGACCCCAGGCAAAAGUUAGACCGUGUCAUCAAGCACCGUGCCUGCCUAGAUGGAUGAUUGGUGAGUGGCAAGACUGCACACCCUGCGUUCCCGGCUGCGAGAAAAGACGAGCCGUCAAGUGCGUACGUCCCGUUGGCUACGCCGAGCAGGAUGUAGAUGUUAUCGCUGACAGCUACUGUCAAGGACCGAAGCCGAAGGAACAGGAGUCCUGUACCGGUCGCCGGAGACGGGACGACGUGCUGGCACGCGAAGAGGCGAACAAAAAUAAUAUACGCGAACUAAAGAAGAAACCAUGGAAUCGAAACAAUCGCAAUGAAAAGACGACCAAAUCAACCAUAGCAAGCAAAGGAGAAACUGUGGUGGACAAAGAGGAUAUUAGAAAUUUAACGCUGACCAUUUUCUUGGAACGUAACGAAAUGACCGGCGCGUUGAACUUCCCCAUGGAUUUCGAGCCCCAACCACCCCUGAAUAGUACAGAAUUUACUUUAGUUGGAAUGGACGCACUUAGGUACAUACGAAAAAUACAAGAAGAUACAGUUGAGAAGCGUUGA